CUCACUGCUUGUUUGAAAUAUCUGCUGCGGUAUCAAACAGAGUGGCAUGCUGUUGCUUCAUGGACUUGGGAUGCACAGGAUGAAACAUGUGGAAUUUGCAGGAUGGCAUUUGAUGGCUGUUGUCCUGACUGUAAACUCCCUGGAGAUGAUUGCCCCUUAAUUUGGGGUGCAUGUAACCAUGCGUUCCAUCUUCAUUGUAUCUUAAAAUGGGUGAAUUCGCAGACCUCUCAGGCCCAUUGCCCCAUGUGCCGUAGGGAAUGGCAAUUCAAAGGAUGAGAGUUGAUUUAUAACUCAAGCAAAUAAGUUCUCUAGCUUCAUCCUCAUCUUUUUGUAUCUUUGUGAAAUGCUAUCAUUGAUCUUUUUCUGUUACAUGUGUCACUUUUCACCUGCUCCAGUUGUCUCCCAAUCUCUUUUUAUUUUCUACUUGUAUUAAAUUAAAAACCAAAUGGAUAAGGUUGAAUUAUGCAAGUUCGCGUCGGCUUUGAAUUUUCUAAUCCAAGUAAAACUUGUCAA